UACCCAUUUGGUCCCCUUGUUGGUAGCGCCGAUCGUGGAGCCUUGCAGAGGAUAAAUAGUACAUACCGCGAACUUGGGGAAAUUGGUGGGUAUCACAGAUAUAAAGCUCGUCUGCCUCCGCUCUCUAGAGGCACCGUUGUUUCUUUGACGAAGGCAAAAAAUUUCCAACCGACCAAUAUAUAUAUCUCCUCAGAAAAAAAAAGAGAGAUUCUAAACGCAGCCUCCCCCGUCAAACAACACAAGAAAAAGAACAGCAGUCCAUCCAAAAAAUAUUUCUUCCUCACGGCUGCCAUAACACCAAUUGAAAGCUUUCCUUGUCACAUUGCGCCGACCGUCUCCUUUCCCCUCCUGAAUCUUAAAGAGGACGACUUCGGUAUAUAA